AUGGCUCAGACGCCUCAAACAUCUUUUCAACUCUUCCCUAACGUCCAAUCUCAGAAUCAUCUACAUGGCCAACCUAGAAAGGGUCACAGAAGGCGAUCAACAAGAUCACCAACAGUCUCACCAGUAGCUGAAGAUGUAAAAAUUCCAGGACAGACAGAGACUGUCAUUCUUCAGAUAAUUGAAGAUACAAAUGCGAUCACGUCACCCCCACCUGCUCGAGUCAAUCAAUCACGGCUACCUCCUGUUCUCUCAGAAACGCCUGAAAAUACGACCAAAAGUUCGAAUUCCCGAAAAGCUCCAUCCUUUUCGUCAGUUGCUCAACCUCAGUUCGCUGCGUGCUUCGAAAUUGAGACCCAGCAGCCUGUAGGCCAAAAACCUAAAGGCAGAUCGUUUUCAACCCCUUCGCCAUCUGACCCAUUUCCCUUUCGGUCAUCACCAGCCCAAUACAACACCCCUGCUGAGCCUUACGAAACCACAUUAUUUGGCUCUAAUUUUCCCAGCUCAGAUACACCGAUAAGGUGUGGAUCAAGCGCAUCUGCUCGCUCCAACAAUCCCUCGCACGCCGAAAAGAAAUCCGUGUCCAGCCACAUAAAAUCCAUAUUUCCCCUCUACGAUCCGAAUGUCCCUCUUAGCAAACAGAAAUACUACCCGCAUCGUGCAUCCUCCCUGCCACAGAUCAUUAUUCCAACUUCUGAAAGAGAUACUCGCCCGGCACCAGUACUCAUUCCGUUAAACCUUACUACCUGUCCGCCUACAGCUCGAAAAGCCAGCGUAUCAUUCUCUUCAACUGAUACACUGACGAAAUUAUGGGAUACCUCGAAUGGAGAAAGGUCCGUGACGGAUCUAGACACUUUCUAUCUGAAAAUGCGAAAGAUCGAUGCAUUUACCUUCGUGUUUGGAAGCCAGACCUCCCCAUUCUAUACACUUCGCACCAACCCAAUGAAUGAUCUUGAAAUCCAUAGGACCCAUCCCAAACGGCCGAACACCAAAUCACCGGUUAUGACACUAAAUAUUGGCGAUGCCAGUCGAGAAAGUCACGGAGGCAUUUCCCUUGCUCUAUUCCCUAAGCUUGCCGAACUCUUGACAAGGGAGCAUGCUUUGGAGUUCGCUCGGAAGAAUAACCUACCCCCUUUGAAUGCAAUGCAGGCGGAAAAUGAUGCUCUAAUGAGAUCAGAAGCUCAAAAUUCUUGUAUUCUUGAGCUGAAACCUGCGCAAAGCCAGUAUAAUAUCUAUUACCCAACAUUACUUGGGUUGGGUAUGGCCCCCACUCAUGGCCAGGGCCCUUCCCACCCACCGAGUCAAUUCGGGGUACUCCAUGCAACCGUGUUGACUACGCUACCCCACACUAUUGCCAUGCGUCAAUAUCCGAUAAUUCAAAUUGCGCCCCCAAAUGCCGACCUAAAUACCCAAGCUCCCUUGGUUUCUUUGGACCUUGAAAGUAUGGCAUUGUCUAUUAAUGUCCGACAGAUACUAACCACGACUCGCUCAUUCUACGGGAUUGAUACCAUGGUUUCUUCAAUUUUGACCGUCGCACUAUCGAAUGAGACGUCUAGAUCCAUUCUCUCCAGCAUGAGCAUCCAGUCCCCUAGGCCCUCUGUAGUACCCCCCCUUUACCGAGAGGACUCCCCACAGCCGGAGCUUCCGGCCAGGAAUGCAGGCGUUCAGCUAAUCGCUACCCAAGCGGAGCGGGAAGAUGUCGAAGAAGCUAUGCUAAUGGAUCAAAUUCGCUCCCAACCGCGGCCUCAUGCUAAGCAACGGUUCUCCCUCAUGAGUAUCUUGCCUUGGAAACCCGAAAGUGACGAGCCAACUAAAGUCAAAGAUAAGAAGAAACCCAAGAAGAAAGCAAAGCCCGUUGCAGUGGAAGAAUUUGACCUUGAGCAGUAUGGGAGUAAUGCAAAGGGUGCUUAUGAAAAGCAGAAGCUUCCAAGGACAUCGAGGGUAAUCUUAAAGUUCAUCUCGUGGGCAUUUUCAGCAACCAUUUGGAUACUGACUAAGGCUGUCAAGUUCUUGGUUUGGGUGGUGGUUACUAUUACGAAGCGAAUGACACGUGAGAAAUCUUGA